CAGGUGGCAGAGCUUCAAAUGGAGGUGGAUGAUCUGAGAAUAAAGUUGGAGAGUGUUCUGAGGGAAACAGAGAACAUCAGAGAAGGAAGAGAGGCAGAAGUGGAGAAGGUGGAGAGCCAAGGGGAGAAGAUGAGAUCAUCAUUGGACAUGAAAGAGUCUAUCCAUGAGGCUAACUCACAGCUACAGCAGAAAGUGGAUGCUCUUCAAAAGCAGAUGGAAGAGCUGCAAGGGGAGAACCAGGGGCUGGUCCGUAGGCUGGCAGGUCAGGAGGACGCUUUACGCUAUAGCAGCAGGCACCUAGACCAGCGCUCAGCAGACUGCCAGGCUCUCAACAGAGAACUGGAGGCCGCUCUGGCCGACGUCAGGCAACAGGUGUCCAAUGUGAAAGACAAAGCUGUUUCCAGAGAAAGUUCCUUUCAGACUAAAAUCCUGGAACUGGAAGCUGAGAAGAGCAGGAGAGAGAAUGAGCUGAAACAGAUGAAACAAAGCAAUCAGUUGGCUGAGAAGAAGUUUGAGGUGCGUCUGAAGGGCCUGCAGCUCAGCCUGGACCAAUCAGAGAGCCACAAGCAGAGCAUUCAGAACUACGUAGACUUCCUCAAGAACUCUUACGCCACCAUGUUUGAUGAAGGACUACCACCGGCAACGUCUAGCUUUGAAUCAUCCUACUUUUUCAAAUGAUAAUUACUCAGAUAUGUGUGUUUGUGGUGUGUUAUGAGUAACUUGUGUUGUUGUGGAAGUCAUAUGAGCCUUACUUACAAUGUAUGAACCUUACUUACGAAUGUUUUUAAUAAUGUAUGUGUUUUGGAAAACUAAUGAAUUUGCACAUUGAUUCAUGUUCGAUAAAGAAGUCCAUGUUUAUUUUUAUAUC